CGCAGAGCGGGCGGCAUGCAGACCUGCGGCCGCUGGUGGAGCCGCCUGGCGGGGCCGGCUCUACGCCUGCCCCCCGGCCGCGGCGCCGGGGCCAAGAAGCCGCCGGGCCCCUGGGGGCGGGCGGGCGCUGGCCCCCGCCUCAGCAGCGGCGGGCGGGGGGCGGCGAGCUCGGCGCGGGGCAUCGAGCAGCUCCUGCCGCGCCACGACGACUUCUCGGAGAGGCACAUCGGGCCCGGGGACAAAGAGAAGCGCGAGAUGCUGCGGGCGCUGGGGGUGCAGAGCCUCGACGAACUGAUCGAUCAGACCAUCCCUGCCAGCAUCCGCCUACAGCGGCCCAUGAAGAUGGACGACCACAUUUGUGAAAAUGAAAUCCUUGACACUCUACACAAUAUUGCAAGCAAGAACAAGAUCUGGAGGUCCUACAUUGGCAUGGGUUAUUACAACUGCUCAGUACCUCCAGCCAUUAUGCGGAACUUACUGGAGAAUGCAGGAUGGGUUACCCAGUAUACUCCUUACCAGCCUGAAGUUUCACAGGGCAGGCUAGAGAGCCUGUUAAAUUACCAGACUAUGGUAUGUGACAUAACUGGAAUGGAUGUGGCCAAUGCAUCUUUACUGGAUGAGGGAACAGCUGCUGCAGAAGCUAUGCAACUAUGUUACAGGCACAGCAAGAGAAGGAAGUUCUAUGUUGAUGUCCGAUGCCAUCCUCAAACAAUAGCAGUGGUCCAAACUAGAGCAAAUUAUACUGGUGUCAUUAUUGAACUAAAAUUGCCCCAUGAAAUGGAUUUCCAUGGUAAAGAUGUCAGUGGAGUACUAUUUCAGUACCCAGAUACUGAAGGGAAGGUAGAAGACUUCACUGAGCUUGUUGAAAGAGCUCAUCAAAGUGGAACUCUUGUCUGCUGUGCUACUGACCUGUUGGCUCUGUGUAUUUUGAGGCCUCCAGGAGAGUUUGGGGUAGAUGUUGCUCUGGGCAGCUCCCAGAGGUUUGGGGUACCACUCUGUUAUGGAGGACCACAUGCUGCCUUCUUCUCUGUUAAAGAAAAUUUGGUGAGAAUGAUGCCUGGGAGAAUGGUGGGAGUUACAAGAGAUGCAAAUGGAAAGGAAGUAUAUCGGCUUGCACUGCAAACAAGAGAGCAGCAUAUCAGGAGGGAUAAGGCUACCAGCAACAUCUGUACAGCACAGGCACUUCUGGCUAACAUGGCUGCCAUGUUUGGAGUCUAUCAUGGUUCUAAUGGAUUAAAGCACCUUGCAAGAAGGGUGCAUAAUGCUACGCUAAUCUUGGCUGAAGGUCUCAAGCGAGCCGGCCAUAAACUGCAUCAUGAGCUGUUUUUUGAUACCUUGAAGAUCACAUGCGGAUGUGUGGUCAAGGAAGUCUUAGACAAGGCAGCUCAGCGGCAGAUAAACUUACGAAUUUAUGGUGAUGGCACACUUGGAGUCUCACUUGAUGAAACUGUAACUGAGAAAGACCUAGAUGACUUAUUAUGGAUCUUUGGCUGUGAAUCUUCAGCUGAAUUGGUUGCUGAGGGUAUGGGAGAAGAAACAAGGGGUAUUAUGGGCUCUGCUUUUAAGAGGACUUCCAAAUUCCUGAUGCAUCAAGUAUUCAACAGCUAUCACUCCGAAACAAAUAUUGUCCGAUAUAUGAAAAGGUUAGAAAACAAGGAUAUUUCCCUCGUUCACAGCAUGAUUCCUUUGGGGUCCUGUACAAUGAAGCUUAAUAGUUCAUCUGAACUAAUUCCUAUCACAUGGAAGGAGUUUGCCAACAUCCAUCCCUUUGUGCCUCUAGAUCAGGCUCAGGGGUACCAGAAACUUUUCAGGGAGCUUGAGAGAGAUCUGUGUGAGAUCACAGGCUAUGACAAAAUCUCCUUCCAGCCAAACAGCGGAGCCCAAGGUGAAUACACUGGAUUGGCUGCAAUCAGGGCUUAUUUAAGUGCAAAAGGAGAACGUCAUAGAAGUGUUUGUCUUAUUCCAAAGUCUGCUCAUGGUACAAACCCUGCAAGUGCUCAGAUGGCAGGCAUGAAGAUCCAGCCAGUGGAGGUGGAUAAAAAUGGGAGUAUUGAUAUUGCACAUUUGAAGGCAAUGGUGGAUAAGCACAAAGAGAACCUAGCAGCCAUCAUGAUCACAUACCCAUCCACCAAUGGUGUAUUUGAAGAGGCGAUUAGUGAUGUGUGUGAUCUGAUUCACAAACAUGGAGGCCAGGUUUACCUAGAUGGUGCAAAUAUGAAUGCUCAGGUGGGUCUGUGUCGCCCUGGGGACUAUGGUUCUGAUGUAUCUCACUUAAAUCUUCACAAGACAUUUUGCAUUCCUCAUGGAGGAGGAGGACCUGGGAUGGGGCCAAUUGGAGUGAAGAAACAUCUGGCUCCCUACCUGCCUAGCCAUCCUGUCAUCGAGCUGCAUCUUGAUAGGGAUGCAUGCCCUUUGGGUACCGUCAGUGCUGCCCCUUGGGGUUCCAGUGCUAUAUUGCCCAUUUCCUGGGCAUAUAUCAAGAUGAUGGGAGGAAAGGGUCUUAAACAUGCUUCUGAGAUUGCUAUAUUGAAUGCAAACUACAUGGCAAAGAGGCUAGAAAAGCACUACAAAGUCCUUUUCAGAGGGGCAAGAGGGUACGUAGCUCAUGAAUUCAUUUUGGACACACGACCCUUCAAGAAAACAGCAAAUAUUGAAGCUGUGGAUGUCGCAAAGCGACUUCAGGACUAUGGAUUCCAUGCUCCAACAAUGUCCUGGCCAGUAGCAGGGACACUUAUGAUUGAGCCAACAGAGUCUGAAGACAAGGCAGAGCUGGACAGAUUUUGUGACGCAAUGAUCAGCAUUCGGCAGGAAAUUGCUGAAAUAGAGGCGGGCAGAAUGGACUCCAGGAUCAACCCAUUAAAGAUGUCACCACACACUCUGACUUGCAUUGCGUCCUCCAGCUGGGAUCGCCCGUAUUCUAGAGAAGUAGCAGCCUUCCCACUUCCAUUUGUGAAGCCUGAUAGCAAAUUCUGGCCUACAAUUGCUCGAAUUGAUGACAUCUAUGGAGAUCAGCACUUAGUUUGUACCUGCCCACCAAUGGAAGUCUAUGAAUCUCCAUUCUCUGAACAGAAGAGAGCAUCAUCCUAGAUCUCUAUUACUUCCAGGUGUCUGGAUUCAUGCUUGACUGCUUCAGUCCACCACGAUGGGUUUUCUUUUUCCUGGAGCAGUUUCGGGGAUUUAUAUACUAUGUAUAUUUUUUGUAAUUUCCCUGCUCAUAAUGGAACUACUGCUCAGUUAAAGUGUAAAUACAAUCAGUAUACUAGGUUGAAACAAACUGAGUUGAUUCAGUGCCUCAGUUUUUUCCACAGUAAUCUGUUGCCUUGAUUCUUGCACCUGUAGUCUUCGUGUAGUGAUUUUUUUUCUCCUUUUUUGUGCUAAUAGGUUUGACUAUUAACAUAGAAUUUUUGAGGUUGUAUAUGGAAAAAAUACAUUUUUGUUCCAGGUAUUUCAUAUGGCAAGAGCCAAGAGUAUUAACUGCCACAGUAACUGUUUACAUUUUAUAUACUGAAAACAAGGAGCUUUGGUUAGUUUUACUUUAUCUCUUACUGCUAGCCUUGCUGGUGUUAAUUGUCUAAUUUCUUAACUGUUUUUUACCUACCAGUGUUAGUACUCCAAUAAACUGCACCAGAGUUUUUGGGGCUGAA